CUUCCUCUCUGUGUCUAUCUAUCCCGUAGGUUGGUCUGCCUGGGAGCAGUGUGCGGGUGGGACUGUGGUGUCUCUUACCCACACACGGAGGAUGUCAUCAUCGUCACAUUCUUCAUGAAAAACUUUUCCUGGCUGUGAGAUUUGGACAUUUUAUGGGAAGAACUGUUAGAGUUUUUUUCCUAUUGCACCAACACUAAAAAAAUUUUGCCAAAGACCUGGAAAUGUUUGCCAGGGCUGCCAAGAAGGAUGGGCGGCAGCAGAGCUGGAGGGAAGUGGCCGUGGGCCUGUGCAAUGCUGCUACUGCUGCUCUGGGGGGCCACAGCCACUGCUCUUCCCCUCGAGAGUGGCCCCAGCCGCCAGGACAGCACGCAUAUGCAAGAAGUGGCAGAAAUAAAGAAAAAUGGCCUCCUGACUUUCCUUGCUUGGUGGCAUGAGUGGACUUCUCAGGCCAGUCCUGGAGCCCUUACUGGAGGGCAUGCCAGUGAGGUUUCCAAACGGCAGGAAGGCCCACCCCUUCAGCAGCCCCGUCGCCAAGAUAAAACGCCCUGCAAGAACUUCUUCUGGAAGACCUUCUCCUCCUGCAAAUGAACCACCCAGGACUACUUACUUAUGUAAAGUGUAAUGAUGGACCCAAAUAAAGUGUAUUAAGCAGCA